CAGCUGCUCAACACAACAACACACGUUUUUUCGUUUCGUUGGCUUCAAACUAUUAUUUUCAACGAUAAGAAAUUGAUAACAAAAUAAAUGUAGUGUCUAAAGAUCACUUUAGUAAAGACCUUUCAGUUUAUCAGUAGUUCGUGUCGUGAUUGGUGGCCGGUCGUGGUGUGAUUUUAGUUUUUAUAUUUACACAAUGAGUGCGAAAAGAAAUCGAAAAUCUUUGCAAGUAGUUUCGGGAUGGGAGGCGGUAGAAUUAAUAAUUCAGUGUGCAUUUUACGGGUUCUGGCAGCUACUGAGGGUGUCGUUCAAACGGCUGUGGAAGGGACAUCGCAGAAAGUACAAGAAGAACGGGUCAACUGUGGAACUUACAGUCGACUCGUCCGUCGGUACUCACUGCUAUAUCAAAAUCAUGGGAGUCAAAUACCACUAUGUAGAAGCUGGUCCCAAGUACGGAGACCCAAUCAUAGUCCUCGGCGAUGCUCCUGACCCAGGGUUGCUGAAGUCAUCAGACUGGGCAACCAUUGUGAAGUGCCUGACGGAUGCGGGUCACCGAGUGAUCACCGUGGACCUCCGCGGGACAGGGGGCAGUGAGAGUGGGGGGCGAGCUGACUUCUCCCCCCCGAGGGUUGUGGAGGAGUUGGUAGGGAUGCUAGAGGCACUUGGUGUCUCAGAGCACCGGCCGGCAGUUGUAAUUGGCCAUGGCAUUGGGGGCAUGCUGACUUGGUACCUAGUCCACGCUCGCGGCGCGCUGGUCAGCAAGUUCGUGGCAGUGGACGCUCCGCACCCGAGCCUCUACUGGCAGUACCCGCCGGCGCCCUUCUGUCAGAAGUCACUGCACUUUAUACAGUGGCCCUACCUGCCUGAGCAGUGGCUAGCGGAGAAGGAAGGCGGCUCAGACUCGGACGAGCCGCGCUGGGCGAACUCAAGGGCUUGCGAUUGGACCGGAGCCCUCAACUAUGUUCGAGGAGCAGCCUGGUGGCGCAUCCCGCCCUCCACCCGCGCGGCGCCGCCCGCCCUACUAGUCGGGCGCGGCGGCGAGGCGGGCGGCGCGGCGCAGCUAGUAGCCAGUGCAGAGAGGUGUGCUGCCGCGACCCUGAGGGUAGUGACAGCUGGACAGAGCCUGCCUGCUGUGCUGUUGCCGUUCUUACUGGAUAAAGACAAGAGCGUGGAAGACUGCGAGCGGCGCGGGCUCAUGGGCCGCAUGCUGGGCGCCGUGGCCGAGAAAGGACGCGGGCUGUCGGCGCGCCUGCCGACUAGGCUGCAGCUACCCAUCACUGCUUAGAGGAGAGAGUGAGAGAGAGAUAGUAGUAGCUAAGAGGAGAGUGUGAGAGAGAUAGUAGUAGCUUAGAGAAGAGUUUGUGGGUAGUCACUAUCACGGUUUAGAGGAGUGUGUGUAUCAAUGUGUAGAGAGUGUGGGUAGAAGGGCAUGUUUCAUAAUGGAUGGACGUUGUGGAUAGGCUGUUUUGAAAAGGGCCAUACCUUAACCUUAGACACUUGCUAAAUACUGUCAAAAGGCUUUCAAACGCCUAACAAAUAAAGGAAGAUUUAGACAGGGUCUGUGACUGGCGCCGAAAUCGAAACAAGUCAGCGCCGACCCAAAAAAAUCAUGUUAAUUGAUUUCCUCAUCACGACUGUCAGAUACCUUGUAGAAAUCUACACAAGUUUUAUCUCCAUAAUAUUUCAAUGUAUCCGCUAUCCGGCAAUUUAUCCAGCCAUUGUGAAAAAGGUACUAAGCAUUAUCCUGUAAGGAUAGUUUAUUUGGUGUGGGUGUUGGAAAGAACACCAGUGUACAAUGUAGCGAAUAGUGAGGGAGGUAAGCUUUAUAGAGCCUAAACUAAAGCUAAGAUAUAUGAUCUACUUUGCAAGACAAAGUAAAGCAGCAUAUCUUUUUAAAUUAUGAUAAAUAUUUUUUAGUAACAAAGGUUCCAGAAAGAUUUAGUUUAAGCCAAACUAGGGUUAAGAAGCUGUGAAUAUUUUUAAAUAUAUUGCUACAAUUUACAAGACUGAUACCCCAAUCAGAUUUGUUUCCUAUAAUUUACAAUCUCAAUAAGUUAAAAAUGUAGCUAGAAGUAAAUGUUGAAGAUUUUAUUUUGAAAUUUAAUUUAAUUUUGUUAAGUUUUAUCGAUGUAAGCGAGUGAAUUAUACCAAAAUGUAAUUUAAUCUAUUUUCUAUUUAUGAGUUUAAAUAAAGAUAAUAUUUUAUAUGCUGUACUUAUCGAGUUUUUCAAUGAAACACAAAAAAUAUUCUUGCAAAUGCCGCUUUUAAUAUGCAAUAUGCUCACAAAAGCUAACCGGAUAUAAAUUUUCACUAUGAACCAUACAUAAUAUUAAUAAUAUAUUCACAAAUCUUUUUCUGUAAUAUGUACUUCGAAACUUCAAUUUACAUUUUAACCUUCUGUACAAUUUUGCAUGCAACCUAUAAUUCAUACUUUAUCAAUACAAAGUGCAUCCUUCUCAGUUUAGUAAAACAAUUUAUUUUAAUCUAUAAUCUACUGUAAUUUUGAAAUUAUUAUACUAAAGUUUUGUUUGUUCUUUCAGAAAUGGAAUCAGAGUAAAAUGCACUUUAGGUUGAACCUUGACCUCAGAUAGGUAUCUGUAUAAAUUUGCUUAUCUUGGUAUCAUUCUACAUAUUUAUAUAGAAAUGUUAUAAAUAUAAGCAAACUUAUAGAUAGCAUCAAAAGCGGCCAAAAGUCACAACACAACUAAAUACAUCGAAAAAAUACCUAAAACGUUAUCUACUCUUUAAAACAUGGUAUAAAAUUGAACUUUCAUACAACUACGUAGAAUUUAAAUAUAUUUUAAUAUACAAAUAGUCAUGUUAAAAAGGCUAAAAUCACUCUAAGUCUAUGUAUUUAUACAAUGCCAGUAGAGGCCUAACAAAAUUUGCUUAACCAGAUAAGUAGGCACACAAGUUUAAUACAUUUAAAGUUUAAAAGGUUUUCAAUGAAUGACAUUAAUACUUAAAUAAGUUAUAUUAGAGAAGACUAGGUCAGUGGGUUAGAAUCAGUCGAUUUUGAUACAAAAUGUUAGUUUUAAGUUUAAAACAAAAUGCUAUUAGUUUGGUAAACCAUUUUACAUGUUACUAAAAUUAACUUGGCUCCAACUUAGAUAUUUUCAAAAUUACAAAUAUGAAACUUGAAAAGGGUGGUAGACGUAAGUCAUUGUAAAGUUUGCCAUUAUGCUAUGGUAUGUCAAAAAUAAUUGGAAAAUUGAUACAAUUAUUAUUUCAUUUGACCAUAAUAAUAAUUAUGGUAAAAUUAUUGGUAUGUAAAACGGUUUACCUUAGUUAAAGUUACAAUGCAUAAAAAAUACAUUACUGUUAUUGGGCUUAAACUUAUACAUUUAAAUAUUCAAAGAGGAAGGGUUUCGAAGAUUAUUUUAACAUUCCAAUAUAAGAUUUGGCACAUAGUAUUUUAAUUUAAUCUUAACUUUCCAUGCUACUAAAGCUUUUGACAGGCCACCCUUACAAACAGAGAUCUAAGCGUUUUAUAUUUAUUAAAAUCCUUAGUUUUAUAGUGUUUUGCAAAAGAUUAAUUAUAAUCCCAAAGAUGGCACACGCUGCUUCCUGCUUCUUCAUAUUACUUUUAGAAAUAUUUAUUUACGUACAUUUACAAAGUGUGAAACUUGCAAGUCGUAAUAACAGAAGCCUGUGCCUCCUUUUGGAUUUUAAUAUCAUUUUGCGAAAACCCUCGCACACGUUUUUACUACUAUUAAACAGUCGAUCAUUUA